AUGCAGUGUCCAGACGAAUGUCCAUUUUUGGCUCCUGAUCCGUUUUUCCCAUGCAUGUUCAGCUGCCGCGCGAAAGCGCGCUGCUCCGAAAGUAAUCUGAACACUCCCUUUCCUGACGAGAAGUACCUCCUCUGCUCCGCUUGCUCCGUGGCAGGCUGCAAAGUUUGCUCUGAUGCUGGCACCUGCGACGAGUGCCACGACGGCUUCGCAGAAAUGGACGGGGGCUGCAUUUUGGCCAGCACGGUCGGGCUGAACUCCGCGAUGGGGGUCGUGCUUUACGUUCUGAUUGGUCUGAUUGUCUUGCUCGUCCUCAUGGCCUUCGGCUACUGCCUCUCUGGCUCCAGGAGCCCCAAUGCAGAGCACAACCAGAGAUCCAUCGAUGCGGGGCGAAAACACCGGCAUCUCUCGAAGGUGAAUCGCUGGGACCUCUUCGGAAAGACACCAAGGACCAAGUACCCGCUUGCAGUGUCCAACUCGGAGAACAUCAUGGGCAUGGGCAUUGGCCUUUUCUACAAUGGUAUUCGUUUCAUGGUCGUCGUCGGAGUGUUGACGACCCUUUCGUCAUACAUUGUCGCGGAUUCCGGCGGCCUUUAUGAGAUCAUGCAAAGCCCUGAUUUCACCAGACUGGACAUGCUGCUCAAGGCGUUGAUGACGACCAAGAUGAAGAACAACAUCAUUCCGGCAGUUGUCCUUUCGCCUAUGACGAGCUGCAGCACAACCACACCCGAGGGUAUCCAAGCGAAGCUUCAGUCUGUCGCGGCAUCACGCGCGCUGGCUUUCGGCGUCCUGUAUGUGGGGCUGCUCGCAAGCUCGCUGUACUUCGUGGCUGCUCAAAAGAGAUUUGCAAAAAGGUUCGAUGAAGAGAGCACCAGCAUGAGCGACUUCUGCGUGCUGCUAAAAGGCCUUCCGACGGACUUGACAGACGAGGUGGCUUUGAAGAAGUGGGCAGAAGCACAACUCGCACAGAGCAGGAUCGACAGCGAGGUCCAAGGUGUGAGCAUUGGCUACGACUUCGGAGGCGAUGAGGCGCUGAAAUGGGAGGUCUAUGACAUGCUCGACCGGUUUUGCAGUGCAACAGAGAUCGAGAUCAUGCUGAAGGGCAAGACGGCGGACGCUCAAGAAAUGGAAUUCGCGAAGGAGAGUUUGGGGAAUUUGAAGGAGGACGUGGCGAAGGAUCGGAGCAAGGCACAGGAAUGGUUUGAUGGGGAGAAGAAGCUCAAGGGCACCGGCCAAGCUUUUUUGGUCAUGACCAAGUCCACGGGCAAGGAUGCCAUCAUGCAAGCCUACCGUGCCAAAGAGUCCCUCUUCACCUAUCAGCAGAAGCCGAUUCAGGUUGGCGAAGUGAAUUCCGAACCGCCGGAUAUCUGCUGGGAGAAUCUGGGAAUCGCUGAUGCGGCCAUCGCGAGCAACGAGUGGAAAGCAGUGGGACAGGUGCUGCAAAUGUUCAUUUUCAUCAACGUCUUGACGAUGGGGUUCAACCUGUAUGUGGUCAUGCCUUACUUGGCAGCGGGCAGCAAUGCUAGCGGGCCGCUGAUGACCGUCAAUGGCAUCAUCAUGGGCAUCAUCAACGGUCAGUUGGGUGGUAAAGUCUGGAAUUCUGCAUGGGGAGUGGGAUACCAUCGCAAGGAUAGAGCUGAUGUCUGGCUGUUCAAUGUGAAUUUCGCCAUUACCCUCUGCAACACGUUCAUCAGCUUGUUCAUGACCAUCUAUGCAGUGAUAGCGACGGAUCCGGAGGUGGCUGCAGAGGGCGUGGGGAUGUUCUUCAAAGAGUUGUCGACUACGACAGUCGGUCUGGAGUCGACAGUAGGACACACCUUGUUUAUGAUGCUGAUUCCUGGCCAGCUUUUCGUGAACCCCUUGAUGGGUUACCUCCAGGGGAACAUUGUCCCGUUUCUGCAAGCCAACCUUGUCGCCAAGAUUAUCUACGUCUGGAAAUGCUUGCCAGAGAAGCUCUUGUUCCUUCUGAAGGCGCUCUUACCAUGGUCCCCAGACAAUGUGGACAAGUAUGAGCGAAGAAACGCAGAGAAUGGCAUGGUCGCUGGACAGAUAGGUUUGCCUUGGGACUACAGCAACCUGAUACUGAAUCCCUUGUCGGUCUUCUUCACUUUCUUCUUUGUUUCGACAAACAGUUCGACCGAGAGUGCGUACCUGGUGGCCUGGGCGGUGUUCUUCUUUAUGUACAGCCGCUUCAUGCACCUUCGGGUACAGUCAGUUGCCUUUCACAGCACCCACAAGUUGGACCGAAGCGUGUGGAUGGUUUGGGGGUGUGUGCCCCUAGCACUGAUCGGCACCUGCGCCAUGACCUGGGCUUUUCGUGCAGGCCUCGUGCUGAAGCACGCUCCGCUCUGGCAGAAGGUCGUCCUGAUGCUGGUCACUUACGCUCUGAGCUGCUUGGUCUGGGUCCUGUCCCUCCGGGCGCUGUACCCCUUGCUCAAGGAGGAGAGCCCUGAUGCACGUGAAGGUGACUUUACCGAAUGCAAGCGGGAGUGGAUCUUCUCAUGGUUCAACUGCAACCCGGUCUUUACACUGAAGUGCCUCUACUAUCUUCCCAAGUUUCUUCAGGACAGCGAAUUGGGGAAGGUGAAGGAGAAGCUCCUGAAGAAGAAAGACGUCUGGGGUCAUCCAAUUGCUUGCGGCGACGACGAGGACGUUGUGAGGUAUUUCAAGCCUGGCAAAGAGUUCCUGCACUUUUCGCCGGAGAAGCAAAAGAGUAUCCGCGAGGGAGACUUCCAAGACUGGUUGGAGUUCGAGACCUACCUGGCACACAUCAACCGUUUUGCAGAGCAAGUCCGACAAAACAAGGUGAAUUCCGGAGAUUUCUAUGAGAAGCUCGAGGAUUUCUUGCCCAACUUCGACGACGCCUUCUGA